AUGCCGCUCUCAGUCAGAGAUAAUCCGGAUGCCCUAGAUCCUAGCCUAGUGCAGGAAUUUUUCUCAGAAGAAAUGACUCAACAAUAUUGGCUAGUUGCAACCAUGACCCUUUUAGUCUAUGAUGCAAUAAUUACAAUUGAUAGAGAGAUUGAGUUCUUCUGGGGACAUCAGCUCACUAAACCCGUCAACUUGGUUUAUUUCAUAGCAUCUUCGGAGCAACGUCACGGAUAUUCUCCAACAUACUGGAUGUUAACCGAAGCAUGCGUUUUCUCUCAAUGGGCUUUUGUUGUCUCUGCCUGGGUCACUAUAAUAUCAAUCGACUAUAUUCUCAUGAUUAGAGUUCUGGCACUAUAUUCACGUCAGAAAUCUCUUACUACAUGUCUUGCGACCCUUCUGGGUUUGGAGGCAGCCUCUAAAUUUGCUAUAGUUGUAUAUGGAACGUUGGUAGAGCAGACUUCUAUUCUGCCAUUAACGGAAGGUACCUCGAUCUGUCUCAACAAUGGUGGCAUUUUGACAAUAGCAAUUAUUGACUGGACUAUUCCACUAGUGUACGGAUUGAUCCUCAUGUCACUCGCAUUGUAUAAAGCUGCGGGAUACUGGAAAAUUGAAGCGGGGCUCAAAGGGUUCAAGCUUGUGAGGGUUCUCAUCCGUGAUCAAAUGAUAUAUUUCAUACUUGCAGUAUCGUGCUGCAUUUUCAACAUCAUGGAGUUCAAGGUGGAUACGAGCGUGUCUUUAGCACUUCUUCUUGAACAAUUUGGAAGCCGGUCAUUCCUAUGCAUCUUAGGAAGUCGAGUAUUCUUUAACAUGAAGGAGGCAGGGAAACUGGGAGUUAACGAGGGCACGAGCUAUCGCAUGAAAUCCGUGAGCAACAUUGAAUUCAAGCAGCCGGUUGGAAGCGAUGCCAGUACGAACGAUGCCGAAGGCUCUGAGGAUGCAUCACGGGUGUAA